GCGGGCGGCCGGGGCGGGUGCGGGGCCGGGGCCGGGGCGCCGCGCGGGCGCCAUGGAGGGGCUGCGGCGGGGCCUGUCGCGCUGGAAGCGCUACCACAUCAAGGUGCACCUGGCGGACGAGGCGCUGCUGCUGCCGCUCACCGUGCGGCCGCGGGACACGCUCAGCGACCUGCGCGCGCAGCUCGUGGGCCAGGGCGUGAGCUCCUGGAAGCGCACCUUCUACUACAACGCGCGGCGGCUGGACGACCACCAGACGGUGCGCGACGUGCGCCUGCAGGACGGCUCGGUGCUGCUGCUCGUCAGCGACCCCAGGUAGUUGGAGGAGGUGGAGUCAUGACCCAGGGGACGGGAGGUGCUGGCUGAAGGAGCAGGCUGGGGCUGGGGGCACCUUCCAGAGGCACCUCCCAGGAGCCCUGACAUCACUCUGGAGAGCGGUCGCCAGGUGGCUCCAAACAGCCAACCUAGGCCCCUGCCCCCCGGGGGUGGGGGGGGGAAGGAGAUGGCUCCCUGUGUCACUGUCCAAAUCAGGGAUGUGGGGACAAGGGAAAAAGGAAAGCUGGCGUUUCACCCUUCCCCGGGCCUGGCUUGAAA